UCCCGCGAGAGAUUCUGCUUUCAGCGUGGCCGCGUCACGGGAUUGUUAUUAACAAUUUGAUUGGUAAAUUGCUCCUCAGGGAUGCGUGACAUCGGCGCCGAUGUUGACCGAAGGACGUGACAUCAUACGGCUGCCCACGUAUCUCGGGGUUCUAUCGAUUAUAUAAGCCCGAAGGACGCAAGGAUAAUUUUGUUCUCUAUAUCCUUUCUGUCGCGUUUCCUUCUCUGUUUUUUUUUUCAUUUUUUCAUACGCUGCUCCGAACAAUCCUUUCGCGGUUACAUAAGACGCGCGAGUUCGCGUUCGCGAUUCGCGGCGCGGCGCGGCGCGUCGUCGUCGCCCGGCGAAGGAGCAUGUGACAUCAGCGCAGGAAAAUGUAGGUUUAACUUGUAGCCGGGUUUCAGCGAGAGACGAAGCUGCAGCGGCGCUUUAUGCGAUCGUAAAAUUCUAUGGGAGUUUGUUGUUCGGCGGCUACCAGUAAAACCGGAUCGUUCUUUCGGAAAGAAAAAUUCGACCUCGUUGCGCCGGCCUGCCGCGUUUCAGACACGCAACGAUGACGAUCAAAAUGAACGUGUCCCUGUUCCUGCUGGUCGUUCUGGCGAAUCUAGCGUACACCCGCGAUUCCGACUACUGUUUCGCCGACGAGAACGAUCCGUACUUGUACAUGGCCACCAAAACAGCCUACCACUUCGUCCACGCCGGCAAAACUCGCUUCCAAGAUGUACCGAAUUGCGAGGCGGAGCAAGUCUGGGUGCUCGCGACGCACGGAACACGCUGCGCGUCGAAGUCGGAGAUCACCGAGAUGCUUUCGUUGACGGAAGUGCAGAGCCAAAUAAUCAACAACCACGAGUCCCGAGGCAACGGCCACCUGUGCGACCGGGACUUGGAGAACUUGAAAAGAUGGAAACCGAACGACUACCUCGUGGUGGGGAGGGCGGAAGUUUUGACACCGCAAGGCGUCGAGGACAUGAAAUUGCUCGCUGGACGAUUGCAAAGCAACUACCCUCAUCUUUUGCAACCGGAAAGCGUCGUGCCGGAAAAUUACAUGUUCAAAACCGCGGAGGGCCGCGCCAGCAUGGACCAGUUCAUCAAGGGGCUGUUCGGCGACGGGGCUGCCAUGUUGGGCGAGGAGAUCCCUGUGAACGACACGCUGCUCUCCGCUUACAGAACUUGCAACGUGUGGGACAACGACUUCAACAACGUCUCCACCGAGGAGGUCAGCAAAUUUGAAGAGGAACCGCAGUUCCAGAGCCUCAUACAGAACGUCAGCAGGCGUCUGGGCUUCCUCUACCAUAUUCCGAAACGAACGAUCCUGACGAUGUACGACAUGUGCCGUUACGAAAAGUCUUGGACAGUGACGCAACUAUCGCCGUGGUGCGCCGUUUUCAACAAAGAGGAGCUCCGCGUGCUGGAGUAUCGCGAGGAUCUCUACUACUAUUACAAAGCCGGAUAUGGACGUGAAAUCAAUGCGCACUUAGGAUGCACGCUUUUGCAAGACAUGAUGAAUCACUUUUGGAAAGUGGAGAAGGACACGGAAUCGUUGGAGCCCAAGGGGGUGUUCUACUUCUCCGACAUCAUAAGUCUGCAGAAUCUGCUCGCCACGCUGAACAUAAACAAGGAUCAAUCGAAAUUGACGGCUUACAAUUAUGAUAGCAUGGCGAAACGUCAAUGGCGGACGUCCUUCAUUUCGCCCUUCGCCGCGAACCUCGUCGCGGUGUUCUACAAAUGCGACGGCGACAGUCGGCCAAACAAGGUCAUGUUUUACUUGGCGGAGAAGCUAGUCAUGCUGGACGGAUGCGACGUGGGCCUGUGCGACUGGGAGUACUUCAAGCAGCGAUUCAACCCGGUCAUCAACAAGUGCAACCUGAACGUCUGCUGGAACGAGAGCGGCGCGGCCGUCUACGUGCCGAACGUUGUCCUGAUCCUAUUUUCGUGCUUCUAUCUAGUCUUCUUCGUUAGAAAAAUAGAGAAUUAAGUAAACCUCGCGCGUACGUAUACAGGAGCGCGUUCGAUUAUCGUGUUCCGCUCGCGUCUUCGCCGAGCGAUUACGUUCAAUCGAGCCGCGACGCGCGUUGACUGCCGGGGAAAUCGCGAGCCAGAAAUCGCCACCGUGACAUUCCACUAAUUCACGAAAUCAACGAAAGAGCAGCUUCUGUCGUGCCGAUUCAGAUUCGAUUAAAGAGAGAGAGGGAGAGAACGGCUUGCGCCGUAAACGAACGUACGAAACGGGAAAAUUGUGUCAUCCAAUUGCCGCGGCAGUCAACGCGCGACGAUGCAUCAUCGAAACCGAACACCAUUCUUUCCGACGACGAACAAAUUUCUGACGCCUCGCGAUUGUUCCGCUGUGCUUUCGAUACGCCAAAAAUGUAUAUUUAAUAUAUCCUUUAUCGUCCUGUCCCCACGACGACACGAGCCGCGUCCGAUAAUUUAUACACGCAUCCCCCCCCCCCCCGAUUUUGUCCAACUAUCAUUUCCCAUUUGUUUAUACCUCACGAUUAUAUACAAAUGUACUCGAGUAAGUUGUAUAGUAUUUAUGCCAUUCAUCUUCUUCGAGAACGUCCGUCCGAGUCAUGGGUAGUUGCACGAUUAUUAUAAUAUAGGCAGCGCACCGUUGCUACCGCACCGUCGUCGCUUCUUCUUUCUUUCUUUUACUCCUUUCUCUGCGUUCGACCGUUUCGUUGUUUCGAAGAGCUACUACAAAUACCAUAUUAUUAAUAUUAUUAUUAAUAUUAUUAUUGUUAUUAUUAUUAUUAUUACUAUUACUAUUAUUAUUAUUAUUAUUAUUAUUAUUAUUAUACUUGCAACUACGGGAUAACGUAUUUCCGUGUACGCUUGACAAAUUCCAAGGUCCCCUCGCACACCCGGGGUCCUCCGUAUUUCUCGUCCUCUGUUCAUGUAUGUAUGUAUUACGUGGCAUUUAAUUCUCAAAUAAACUACUAUGGAACACUAUCG